AUGAAGGUAGUAGAGGAAAAGCACCCCUCAAAACGGACUAAAGCUUUCGUGUGCAGGGGGUGGAGGGGGGGGCCUCGCGCCCAUACCCCCACCACUGUUGUAGUUCGAUUGCUGCCUGUACGGCGUAGCGUACCUCUGGCGGAAGGCACCCGCGCGUCCUCGACCUCGCGCCCUCCCACCGCCGUACGAACCACACGACGUCAACGUGAAGAGCUCCGGCGGUACGACGCCCUGCGCGCGCGCGAGCACGUCGAUGAGGUCGCGGAUCGUCUUGCUUGGAUCCUCGCGGCACACAAAUGUGUACGCAUCACCUGUCUUUCCAGCCCUACCAGUACGACCUAUUGA